CAAACAUUCGUGCACAUGGUUCUGCAGAUUGUUCACCAGCUGCUUAGCAAACAUUCGCAGCUAAAACCCCUCAUCAUGAAUUGCCGGAAUCAGAUUACCAUACUGGCACAUUCUGUGCUUUUGAUUUGUCAGACCAGCUGCUGCGGUAGAGCACCUUGCUGUGCGCAAAAGACAAACCAUCUUGCUGAUAGUCUUGUGUAGCCCAACAGCCUUUCCUCUUCUACCCAACCUGUACAGCACAUUUUUGCACUUUUAUCUCUUGCAACCAUGGUUUCAUUCACGUACGAGUCCGUGUUCUUUUUCGACAUCGACAACUGCCUCUACCCGCCCACAGUGGGCAUCGACCUGAUGAUGAAGGAGCGCAUCUACGCAUUCGCACGCGAAGUGGGGCUGGACCACGCCGACGUGGCCAAGACAUGCGGCCAGUACUACCGCGACUACGGGCUCUCAGUCCGCGGGCUGAUCAAGCACCACCACAUUGAUCCGCGCGCCUUUAACGAGAAGGUCGACGGCAGCCUGCCCCUGGAGGAGGUGAUCAAGUGCGACCCGGAGCUGCGCCAGAUGAUCCAGCGCGUGAAGGCACGCAAGUGGGCGUUCACGAAUGCGGGACUGGAGCAUGCGGAGCGGGUACUAAAGUGCCUGGGCGUCAGAGAUCUGUUCGAGGGCAUUACAUACUGUGACUACUCAGAGCACAACUUCGCGUGCAAGCCCGAGCGGCCCGCGUACGAGAAGGCGAUGCAGGAGGCGGGCGCUCGGGAUCCGACAAAGUGCUUCUUUGUCGACGAUAGCGCAAAGAACGUGGCCAUGGCCAAGGAAUUCGGCUGGACAGCUGUCCACGUCUCGCCGCACGCGGUCGACGAGCCUGCCGGAGACUACAAAAUUGAUAGAAUUCACCAGCUCCCGUCGGUACUGCCGCAGCUAUUUGAGUAGAAAGGGCUUUUUAA